AUGUCGGCCACAGAAUCCCCGUCCUCUCCGGGUCCCGAGACGAGAGACCUUCCUCAUAUCCAUGAAUCCACUGAGCCGCCGGCCGCUCCAAACGAUCUCCUAGUCCAAACACAGGACGAUCUUGCGAAACCAGAAAGCAGUCAAACAGCCCAAAUGAGUUUGCAAGAGACAACAGAGCCACAUAUUGCUUCUGCCCUCUCCGAUCCCGCCGCGAUGGUGGACUUGACGAAAGCUGCCCAACCAUCACAGGCCGAGCAACAACUACUUGCGGGGCAGAUGGAAGGACUGUCGGUCUCGGAAAAUACAACACCCAAUCUCUCAUCCAGUGCAAAUACCCCUCCUCCCCCUCCGCCCCAGAAGGACGAUGUCUACCUCAACCUUCACGCAAGCUCCACGACCACUGCACCGACACUGCCACCCAUCGAUACGACCCAGACCCCCAGCCCCGAGAAAGAGCUCCCGGAUGUGCCUAGUGAUAGUGACCCGGACUCUAAACGAAAUGUUAAGGCCGAAGGGCUUAGGGACGAUAAUGCCUCCCAGCCGGAGAUUCAAAGUAUUAUGGGACAAUUCCAGGACCCCGCGCGGAGCACAGACCAAAAAGAAAUCAUGUCCCCACGGCUCGAGCUUGCUGAGCAAUUCAGAGGCGGUCCAACGUAUUUCCCGCCACGAAAAUCCAGUUUAGACCAUGUGCCUUCCACCGAGUCUGCGAGUUCUGCGGUCGCUACAUCCCCGAAGAAGCAACCUGUAUCCCAACAUCCCCACAAGCCCGAAUCGCCGGCAUCAGACCGGCGAGCGUCCACCUCGACAGCCCUACCACCACCGGAACCAGAGUCUGACCAACCAUUCGAUUUCCACCGCUUCCUAGAACAGCUGCGUCACCGCACCGCUGACCCCGUAGCUAAGUUCUUGCGGUCAUUCCUCAUGGAAUUUGGCAAGAAGCAAUGGAUGGUCCACGAGCAAGUCAAGAUCAUCAGCGAUUUUCUGACGUUUAUCACGAAUAAGAUGGCUAUGUGCGAGAUCUGGCGAGAUGUAUCGGAUAGCGAAUUCGAUAAUGCCAAGGAAGGCAUGGAGAAACUUGUUAUGAAUCGCCUGUAUUCACAGACUUUCGCCCCGGCCAUUCCAGCCCCGCCAACGAUACCAAGAAGUGCAAGUCGGAGCCGACGGAGGGAGCUAGAGAGGCUUCAUGGGCCGUGGCGACGUGGCCAGCAUCAGGAGGAUAUUGAGCGGGAUGAUAUCCUGGCCCAGAAGAUUCGAAUUUACGGCUGGGUCAACGAAUCGCAUCUGGACAUCCCGACUGUGAGCGGCGGUGGACGGCGUUUCUUGAACCUGGCACAGCAAGAAAUAUCAAAAAUCAAUGGCUACCGAGCUCCCCGAGAUAAGGUCAUUUGCAUUUUGAACUGCUGCAAAGUCAUCUUUGGUCUAUUAAAGAAUUCCAAGAAGUCUGACACGUCCGCCGACUCUUUUAUCCCCCUCCUGAUCUAUGUGGUUUUGCAUGCAAACCCUGAUCAUCUUGUUUCUAACAUCCAAUACAUUCUUCGAUUCCGCAACCAGGAUAAACUUGGCGGCGAAGCAGGUUAUUACAUCUCAUCGUUGUCUGGAGCCAUCCAAUUCAUCGAGUCCCUCGACCGCACAAGUUUAACUGUCAGCGAUGAGGAGUUCGAACGCAACGUCGAAGCCGCCGUCUCCGCUAUUGCAGAACAAAACCGCGAAUCUGAAACGUUCGAAGAAAAGCCCUCCGCCCAACCCUCUCAAUCUCAGCCUCAAGCUGGACCAAGCCGCAAAGAGACUACCCAGUCCAGUGACGAUGACACCUCCGCCCCAGUCGCAGGACUACUACGCACAAUCCAAAAACCUCUCUCCACCAUCGGCCGUAUCUUCUCCGACGACCCAGACUCAACUUCUGCCCUUUCUCAAGAACGCCCCCAGCCUGUCCCCACGCCCCAACCCGGUGUUGCUCCGCCCCGCCUCACCCCGAGCGUCUACCAGCCUCCUCGCGCAAGCAGCGAGGACCGUCGCUCAAGCGAUGAGCGUGCCCGCCCAGGUAGAACCUCCGCGAAGAAGAAUUUAACACGCGUACUCGACGCUCAGGACGCCGCCGCGCGCCAGGCUAGUGCUGAAGAUGCGGAGGCGCGCCGCAUCCAACGUGCUGAGCAUAAUAAUAUUGUUGAAACACUUUCCAACAUGUUUCCCAACCUAGAUCGUGAUCUUAUUGAUGACGUCGUUAAGAUGAAAGAGGGGAGGGUCGGCCUAGCUGUUGAUGCUUGUCUUGCUCUCAGUACAGAGUAG